GAUAAUAUCAAUGUAUAGACUGCCUGGUGUUAAUUAAAAAAUAAAUUGUCUUGACAUUGACUAACUGUUAAGAUUAGAUUUCACUCUGAAGUUAUCGUAUAAAUCUUGUUAUUCUCGAUGAACCGUGAAGUAUGUAGUAUAAAGAGGAAAAAAUGGCGGAUAACGAUGUAAAUGGUGAUUCCGAUGAGGUACAGCAAGAAAAAUCACAAAGGAAAGCGGCGAAAUAUGACAGCGGUGCGGCAGAUUUAGAAAAAGUAACCGAUUACGCGGAGGAGAAAGAAAUAUCUUCGUCUGAUGGAUUCUCUUGUGCUUUAAGUAUAAUCGGAGAUCGACGAAACAAAGAAGCCGCAGAAAAGAAAGCGAGAGAGAAAGAAUUGCUAAAAGUCCCUAUCAAAAAGGAAUAUGUUGAUCUCAUUGUAAAACACAUGGAAAUAAGUCGAACAGCAGCCGAACAAAUUCUCAGGGAACACGGAGGAAACGUCGUGGAAGCUUUAAUUACAUUAACAAAUUGACUGUACAGCAUAAACUUGAAGCAAACUCGUAUAAGUCACAAUUUUAUUGUAAAUUAUAUGAUCUUAGGAAUUGUUAUGACUUUCGGUUAUUAAUAAUUUAUUCAUAUAUAUUACAAAAUAUACUCUUAAGCGAU